AUGUGAUGUGCUAUAUCAAUAUAUCACUCAUAUCAGUAUAAACACUACAUACUAGAAAAGCUUAUAAUAAUGUAUAGUUGAAGAAAUCUGCAAAAUUUUGUAAUAUUAGACAAGACACAUUCUUUUGGACUCGAGCUGCAAUCUUCAAGGUACAAGAGAAGUGGUUAUAUGAUGCUGCUGGGGCAAAGUAUAGUGGAAAGGCUAAGGCCCAUAGUGGGACCAAAGAAUUGGGAUUAUUGUGUGUGUUGGAAGAUGAGUGAAGAUCAGAGGUUUCUUGAGUGGAUGUGUUGCUGCUGUGCUGGCGCUACUGAUGGGGCCCACAAUUGCGACGAAGAGUUUCUUUACCCAGCUUGUUCUUCUUCUUCAUCUUCUUCUUUACCUUGCAGAGAUGUCAUAAAUCAGCAUCCCCGGACUAAAUCUUGCGAUUUACUGUCACUAUUGCCCACCUCCUUCAUUCUCGAUUCUGGGUACUAUCUGUAUCUUUUUUUUUUAUUUAAAUUCAAUCGCUUAAGAUUGAAAACUAAAAUCUCCAAUCGGGUACUAUCUAUACCUAUGUCUAUAUAUAUCUAUACCUAUAUCUAUAUUUAUAACUAUAUCUAUAUAUGAUUCAAAUUAGAAAGAAAUGUAAUGCCCAGUUUACCCAAGGUUAAUUUGACGAUACUACUGAAUCUACUGAAUUUUCUAUAAGGGUGUAUGCACAAGCAAUUGUAUCAAACCAACCAAAAUGGUUGAAUUUCUCACAGCUCUUAGAAUCAAAUGAUUCUAAUGAAAUAAUUGGGACCCGUGUGUUGAUCCCACAACCAGUUGGACUAAUUGAGCUAUUUACUGCAAAACUGGUGCCUGAAGAUCAACAAGUGAUAGACUUUGUCUCAGGUACAUGCAGCAUAUACUUGGAUCAGCAAGCAUGCAUGAUGAUGAACUCAAGUGGUGGCAUUCUAGCCAAUGGUCAUAAUAACGGAGGGGAUAAUGAUCAAAUGGACGAUCCUCACCAUCUCUUCUCGCCUUCCUCCUCAAAUCUAUCUUCUCUGCCUAUGAGUUUUCUCCCACAGAUGAGUAGUUCUAGCAUGUUAAUGCAGAACACGGGUGAAUUGAAUGGCUUCAGGAUGGAGAGUGGAUUAGAUAAUGAGAUGGAUGUGGUGGUGGUGCAGAAGCAAAUGAUGAUGGAGAAAAAAGAUGAAGGAGGACUUGAUGAUGAAUCAUCAUAUAACAGACAGGAAAAUGGUCAGUCACACUCCAUAUCCGAUAGUGAUCAGAAUGAGGAAGAAGAUGAUGGAAAGUACAGGAGGAGGAGUGGGAAGGGUAAUCAAUCCAAGAACCUUGUGGCUGAGAGGAAGAGAAGGAAGAAACUUAACGAAAGGCUCUACGCUCUUCGUGCCUUGGUCCCAAACAUUUCCAAGUUGGAUAGAGCUUCCAUACUCGGAGAUGCAAUAGAGUAUGUGAUGGAGUUGCAAAAGGAGGCAACAGAUCUUCAAAAUGAGCUAGAAUUGAACUCUGAUGAUGAUGAGGAAGCAGCAGGAGGUAGAAAGCGAAACAAUCUAAGCAGAACAGAAGACAGGAAUGGGAUUCCCCGGGUCCUGAAAUCUGAACGAGAAAAACUUUCUUCAGUUCUUGAAUCAGAGAAAACAGAUGACAAAGUCCAACAAAUGGAGCCUCAAGUGGAAGUAGCACAGCUGGAUGGGAGUGAGUUUCUGGUGAAGGUGUUCUGUGAACACAAGCCGGGUGGAUUUGUGAGGUUGAUGGAAGCUCUGGAUUCUCUAGGCCUGGAGGUCACAAAUGUGAACACCACACGACACACCUGUCUAGUGUCAAACAACUUCAAAGUUGAGAAAAGGGAUAGCGAACUGGUACAAGCGGAUCACGUUCGGGAGUCCCUAUUGGAGCUGACGCGAAGCACUGCUGGGAGAGGGUGGCCUUCGGAGAUGGGUAGAGAGGGUCUGGAGAGCAGCGAUCUCGGCGGCGGAAUGGAACAGAACCACCACCACCGGCAGCACCACCUCAACCACCAUCUUCACCACCAGCUCAACAAUUCCCACCACCUCCAUCACCUGCAUAACUAAACCAGAAGGGGCUGAAUGCCCAUUUCUGUACGACGAUGUCAUAACAAAGUUUGAACCAUAAUAAUUCCGACUUCCAAGCAACAUAUUGGAGUCUGGUUUAGCCAUUCAAAAAUUAAUCAUAUUAAGGCAAUUUUUCCAACUGCUCCGAUGAUUUCAUGAAGAAAAGAAAAUGAGAUAAAAUGAACAUUUUUUACCAUCCAACUUUAAAUUAAACGGCUUGUAAGAUGGAAAGAAUCAACCCUGCAGCACUCUGGAUCAAACUCAGUCCGCAUAAGACAUACUCCCUUUGUAUAAGUUGCUACUUUUCUUAUUUGGAAAGUUUUCAUUUCCUUAAAUUAACAGUGCAAAACAUUGUUAAAUAAUGUCGAAACAAUGUCAAAACAGUAAAAUUUAC